AUGUUAUCAACCAUGUCUAAUUUGCCUAUUGUUGCAGGUAUUAGUACUACUGCUACUACUGGUACCACUUCCACUGCCACCGCUUCCACUUCCACUUCCGGAUCUGUCAAUACCACAGCCACCAACAACAACAACAACACAUCUGCUUCCAAUUCCACCAGUGCCUCCUCAGCAACAGCUAAUGGUGGUAUUGGCACCAAUUCUGGUAAUUCAUUACAAUAUUAUUAUACUGGAAAUAACACAUCUAAUAGUGUUGACGGAAACAAAUACUCACUUCCUUCUAUUUACUUCACCCCUCAAGAUUCUAUAAAUAAUACUAGCCACACUUAUAAUCCUUAUACAACUGUUUCUGGUGCAGUAACUCCACAAAAUUAUCAACUUGAUUACUCACAAUCGUCAACUGUAAAUAACAACUAUCAAUUCACCUUACCAAAUCAACAAUUAUCGUCACCACAACAACAACAAUACAAUCGAUCUUACUCAAAUUCAUUGAUGCCAAAUUAUCAUUAUAACAAUACUACCACUAAUAUCAAUACUAAUGUUGGUUCUAAUACUUCACCACAAUUAUCCAAUAGCAAUACACCAAAUCCAAUUAGUCCAGUAUUAAUUCCCGAUAAAGACAAUACUUACAAUAAUACUAACAAUGUUCUUGUAUCAUCAUAUCCUUCAAUGACAAUGAAUCAGAUACAACAACAACAGCAACAAUAUCUUCAACCAUCUCAACAAUAUCAAUAUCUGUACAAUCAAUAUUAUAUGCAACCCUAUUACCACAACCCUCAACAACUGGCACCACAACAAGUGCAAAAACCAGCACAAACAGAAAAAUUGCCACAUUUAUCAGUAACAAACAUUGAUUAUUCUUCAUUAGUAUCAUAUACUGUAUCUCCUUCAUUAAAACGUAAACGCAGAACUGCGAAAAAAUCCUUAUCUCCAUCAUCAACAUCAUCAUUAUCAAUGAUGAUAAAUCAUGACUCAACAAAUAACGGCACAACUUCCACCGCAACAACAACACGAUCAUCAUCAACUUCUUCAGCCACGUCAUCCUCCAUUGGUGUUGCAGCUGCUGAUUCAUUCCCAUGUCCUCAAUGUAAUAAAGUUUUCCAAAAACCAUAUAAUUUGAAAUCUCAUAUGAAAACUCAUUCCAAUGAAAAACCAUAUCAUUGUAAUAUAUGUUUUAAACGAUUUGCUCGACUGCAUGAUAAAAAAAGACAUGAAUUAUUACAUCAAGGUGUUAAAAAUUUUAAAUGUCAAGGUUAUUUGAAUGAUGGAGUUACAUCUUGGGGAUGUGGGAAAACUUUUGCUCGUAGUGAUGCUUUAAGUCGACAUUUUCGAACUGAAACUGGAUGGUUGUGUAUUAGACCAUUAAUGGAAGAAGCUAAAAGAUUAGAAGAAGAAGAACAACAAAGACAACAACAAGCACAACAACAACAACAAGUGCCACAACAAUCACAAGUGUCCGAGCAAAUAGGGGUAAAUGUUGGAGAAAUCAAAUUUAAUGAUGAAUAUUAUGAUAAUUCUAAUUUUAUUAAAAAAUUAUUACAAUCUAAUAAAUAG